AUGAGCUCCAACCAGUCAACGGUUGUUAUCUCCGACGAACUCUACAUCCACCAAGUCAGCAACUUGAUAGAGAUCCAGCCUUUUCAUCCACUGAGAUCCAGCCUCUUCAUCCAACGAGAAUGGAGAGCUAGGCUACUUAUGGAGCAGUCCUGUGCAAUCAAGUGCCCAUCAAUUUCUUAUCAAUUAGUUGGUACCAAGAAGAUUCAACAAGAGCUUGCAAAACCCAAUGUUUUGGUUGUACUUGAACUAAAUGUUUGUUGUCAUCCCACUUCGGGGAACAAUAUCUAUGGAGAUGAUGUAAGGGAAACCCUCCUAAAAUUGCAGAAGGAAGGGACUGAAGCAAAUGCUGCUUACAUCCUCAUGCAAAGAAUUUUUCCAAACAUAUUUCCUUCUAUUCUGAUGACGAAUGGUAUCUGUCAUAAAGAUCAUGCCAUAUCAGAACUUGGUAUAUUUGGUGCUUACCUAAGGAACAAAGAUAAAGUUAUUAUGAACGAUCACUCUGGUUACUUGAUGCGUACAAAGGUCUCUUCCUCGAAUGAGGGAGGCGUUGCAGCUGGAUAUGCAGUUUUGGACAGUAUAUAUUUGGUUUGA